GGCUACAACUACCAGUACAUCGAGGCUGUCCUGUCGUCUCACUCCUCCCCUGUUUGAUCCACAUGGACUCGGCCAUCUCCCACCACAACAAGCUGCAGACUGCUCACACCUCUCAGGACAACGACCCCAAACACACAGCCAAAGUCAUUAGGAACUAUCUUCAGUGUAAAGAAGAACAAGAAGUACUGGAAGUGAUGGUACGGCCCCCACAGAGCUCUGAUCUUAACAUCAUCGAAUGUGUCUGGGAUUACAUGAAGAGACAGAAGGGGUUGAGGAAGCCUGUAUCCACAGAAAAUCUGUGUUUAAGGACCCGCUGCCUUGAUCUUCUGGGCUUCCAGCAGUUUAUGGAAGACAGUGAAAUGACCUCUGACCUGAUGGACGAGGGAAAGGAGCUGAACCGCCAGGAAAGUCAUCUGCUGGGAGAAGAAACAACAGUGAAACGGGAAGUACAAAGAAGCUGCUCAUCACUGGAUAUUCUGCUUAAGAUUGAAGAUUGAACAUCUGCCUCCCAGCAGGUCAGUAAAACCGAGACAGCUCUUCAGAAUCGGCGACAACAUCUCCAGCACCAUCAGACUGAGAACAGGAGCUCCUCGAGGCUGUGUUCUCACCCCACUGUUGUUCGCUGUCCUGACACUGCACUGCUCUACACAGCUCCAACCACAUCAUCAGGUUCGCUCAUCAGCAACGACGACGAGUCGGCGUACAGAGAUGAGUUUGAGCAGCUGGCGUUCUGGUGCAGCGAGACCACCAACACCAUCUCCAUCACCAAAAUAGCCUAGCAGCGCCUCCACUUCCUGAGACGCCUGAAGCGGGCCAGCCUUCCUCUUCCCAUCCUCACCGUGUUCUACAGGAGCACCAUAGAGAGUGUUCUGACCAGCUGCAUCUCCGUGUGGUUCGGCAAUCUCAUCCAGCUACAACGGAUUGUUAAAGCAGCUGCCAAGAUCACUGGAACAUCUCUCUCCCUCACACGCACUCUUUUCUCUCCUCCCGUCUGGCCGACGCUAUCGCAGCAUUGGGGCCCAAUCCUCCAGGCUGCGAAGUAGCUUUUUCCCACAAGCCAUCAGACUCUUGAACUCACUACCGGCUCUCCCACUCCCCCCCAACACCCACACCCACACAAACCGUUACCUAACUCUAUUGCACUCCACAUACCACUGCCUUUGUAAUGCAGAUGCUGCUCUAUGGACAAUCCUUACACUCAAGAACUCUGCUCAUGUUUACAAGCUGCUACGCUGGUCACUUUAAAUCACUUCAAGGUCACUUUAAAUCAUUCAAAUUGUAAAUUGUUAUUAAUACAUUUACCUCCAAGUCUUAAAGUGUAUAUUUAUUUUUUCACUCUUCUUAUAUUAUUAUUUCUUUGGGGGGGGGGAUUGCACUGAAUGUAACUGGAGCCUCAU